ACUUUGCUGAAGCGGUUCAUGGUCGUAAAGGUUAUGUGGUAUUGGUGAAUGCUGCAGAUGUAGUUACUAAAGGGUGGAAUGGGUUUAUUAACUAUCAAAUAGAAGGUACCUGUGAUGAGUGGGUUAAACUUGUUGACAUAGAAUUAUCAGAAAUCGAAAAAAUAACAUUAUCAAAAAAUAAAUUAAAAAAUAAAA